AUGGCCAAGACCUUCACCCUGGUGUUGCUCCUUGCCUCCACAAAACUCCUGGUCCAAGGUGCUCUCCAAGUAGAAGAACUUUCCAUCUUGGGACCAUGCAGAAUUGUGGGGAUCACCCUGGUGAGCAAAAAGACAGGAAGCGUGCAGCUGGAUUUCACAGAAGCCAAGGAGGCAUGUUGGCUACUGGGAAUGACUCUGGCCAGCAAAGCCCAGGUUGAAACGGCAUGGAAGUCUGGCUUUGAGACUUGCAGCUAUGGAUGGGUUGAAGAUGGGUCCUCAGUGGUCAUCCCUCGGAUUCUCGCAAACCCCAAGUGUGGGAAGAACGGGAUUGGUGUUCUGGCUUGGAAAGUCUCAGCUCAGCAAAGGUUCAAGGCCUAUUGUUACAACUCAUCUGAUAUUUGGACUAACUCAUGCUUUCCUGAAGUUAUCACCACCAAAGAUCCCGUAUUCAACAUUCAACCUUCAAUACACACAACAGAAAGUAAUAUCAGUGACAGUUCAAAUCCCACAGCACCUCCAUCCUCUGGUCCUCCUCUUACUACUGCUCCUGCUCAGGCCUUUACUUCUGGUCCACGGAAACGAAAGUUAAUUUGUGUAACAGAAGUUUUCAUGGAAACCAGUACAGUGGGUACAGAAAGGGACUCAUAUAUUGGAAGCCAAGUGUCGUUCAAGAAGGAAGUUUCUGAGUUUGGAGGUGUGCCGACGGCUCUGCUGAUACUUGCUCUCCUCUUCUUUGCUGCUGCAGCUGGCCUUGCCAUUUGCUAUGUGAAAAGGUAUGUGAAGGCCUUCCCUUUUACAAACAAGAGUCAGCAGAAGGAAAUGAUUGAAACAAAAAUAGUGAAGGAAGAGAAAGUUGAUGAUAACAACCCUGCUGAAGAAUCAAAGAAAACUGAUAAAAAGACAGAAGAACUCAAGAGUCCACCUAGAGCUACGGUGCGGUGCCUAGAAGCUGAAGUUUAG